AUGACAGUUUCAGACGUUUAUCGUCCUCCUCUAUUCAGUAUUGCGCCGAUGAUGGGAUGGACAGACAAUCACUACAGAACACUAGCACGUCUUAUAUCAAAACACGCGUGGCUAUACACGGAAAUGUUAGCAGCUGAAACCAUUGUGUAUCAAGAAGAAAACCUGGAUAACUUUUUGGCAUUCUCUCCUGACCAGCAUCCGAUCGUUCUUCAAAUUGGUGGAAGAAACCUGGAAAAUUUGGCGAAAGCAACCAGGCUUGCUAAUGCUUACAGCUAUGAUGAAAUUAAUUUCAACUGUGGAUGUCCAAGCCCAAAAGUAAGUGGACGAGGUUGUUUUGGUGCUGUACAUAUGCUGAACCCAAAGUUUGUUGGUGAGGCUAUGUCUGUCAUUGCUGCCAAUACCAAUGCAGCCGUCACUGUCAAAUGUCGAAUAGGUGUUGAUGAUCACGAUUCAUAUAAUGAGCUUUGUGAUUUCAUUCAUAUCGUUUCUUCAUCAUCUCCUACUAAGCAUUUCAUCAUACAUUCACGAAAGGCGCUAUUGAAUGGACUUAGCCCGGCAGAUAACCGUCGAAUUCCUCCCUUAAAAUACGAGUAUUUCUUUGCCCUUUUGCGUGAUUUCCCGGACUUGAAGUUCACAAUAAAUGGAGGCAUAAACUCUGUGGUUGAGGCAGAGGCGGCAAUAAGGUCUGGAGCUCAUGGCGUUAUGAUUGGACGUGCUGCAUAUUACAAUCCCUGGCACAUUUUGGGACACGUAGAUACUUUAAUAUAUGGAUCUCCAAGCAGUGGGAUUACAAGGCGACAGGUUCUUGAAAAAUAUCAAGUCUAUGGGGAAUCGGUUCUCGAGAAAUAUUGUAAAGGCCGACCAAAUCUUCGUGAUAUAGUGAGGCCAUUGAUCAAUCUGUUCCACUCGGAGCUUGGAAAUGGCCAGUGGAAACGUAGAACCGAUGCUGCUCUCUUGCAUUGCACCACAAUGAAAUCGUUCUUGGACGAAGUGUUACCGGCAAUACCAGACUUUGUCCUCGAUUCAUCUGUUGUGAAAGAAGCGACUGGGCGUGAAGAUCUCUUUGCAGAUGUACGACGUUUGUUGCCACCUCCUUACGAAAAAGAAUCACAGAAGCUUGAAAAGUCUGACAAAGAGACAUGUAAUUCUUGA